AUGGCAGCUAAAGGUGCCGCAGGCCCAGCUGCAGCAGGCGCGUCGAAACACACCAAGAGUAAACCCUCCAAGCGAGCGAAACCGGCCGCCGCCAAACAAAUCGACCUCGACCGGCAGUGUGGGGUGGAAUUACCCAACGGGUCGAAAUGCGGGCGUUUAUUGACGUGCAAAACUCACUCAAUUUCUGCCAAGCGGGCGGUGGUUGGCCGGUCGCGACCGUUUGACACCCUUUUGGUGGCCUACCGUCAGACCCGGCAAGUGCAGCAGAACGCCAAGUCCUCGCAGACGGCAAAGAGCAUGCAGGAGGAUAUUUCCGAUGAGGCACCCCUGCCGCCCCACGAAGAGAUCCAGCAAGUGCUACUGGGCACGCUGCAGUCGCACGCAACGCCGUUGUACCGUCGUGUGACAUAUCCGGUUAAAAGCCGAGACCGGUACCUGCGGGUUCGGGAGCAGCUGCUGGGAUCGUUAAACAGAGUGCCUCCGCUUCCGUCGAGCUCGCAGAGUACGGGAAUCGCUCAGCUAAUGUCGCUGACGGGCGCGGUGCUCGGCCGCUCCGUGGUGUACAGUCCGGCCACAGGCUCGCAGUACAUUCGGCAGGCCCGAAUCUAUAGGGACCCGGAUAUGCGAUCCAGGCUGCAAUCGCAGCAGGCGCCACAGUCGCAGGCGCCACCGGCGACCAGAUCGUCUGAGAUGGCCCCAAACCGGACUGGAUAA